AUGGUGCCUUUUCUGGCUAUUCUUUUAAGUCUUUACGGGGUGCAUUGUCACUCAUUUGAAGACGAAGAACGAUUGUAUGCCUUUGUAGCAGGGAAAACUAAGCCCGGAAUAAGACCAGUGCUGGAUCAAACACAACCGGUUAAUGUUUCUGUUCUUCCAGUUCUGUCAGAACUCAAAGAACUAAAUUCAAAAGAUCAAACUCUCAAAACAUCCAUGGCGUUAGUGCUUAUGUGGAAUCAAGAUAUCAUUCACUGGAAUGAAUCAGAUUUUGGAGGAGCGGACAAAUUUAAUAUUGAUGCACGACAAAUAUGGACACCGGAUGUUAAUUUUCAAAAUCGUGUUGAUUAUGGCAACAUUAUUACUGACGAUGCUGAUAAAUCUUUUAAAGUUACGUUGAUGGCUGAUGGAAAUGUCAUUUGGAUGAUAGGAGGCCAGCUCGAAACUUCAUGCACUGUAGAUGUCAGUUGGUACCCAUUUGAUAACCAAGAAUGUAUCCUUAAAAUAGCGACCGUGACCUCAAUAGAUCCAGAAAUACAACUUAUUCCAGCCGUACGGUUUGUUCAUAUAAACAUCGAAGUACCAAACAGCGAAUGGACCAUUAAUGAAUCACCAAUGUACAAGAAUGCCCUACACAAAGAUAGAAGUGUUCUGAAAGUGCACAUAACAUUGACUCGGAAGUCUUUAUCAUAUAUAAUGAACACGAUCAUUCCGGUCUUCAUUCUUUCUUUCAUGAAUGUACUCAGUUUCAAGAUCCCAUUGCAGAACGGAGAAAGAAUUUCUUAUACCGUAUCUUUGUUUCUCUCAUUUAUGGUUUUACUCAACAUGGUCAGUGACUCAAUUCCAAAUGUCUCCAAUCAGGUUUCCGGGCUACAGCUGUUUGUGUCACUGCAGUUAGCAUUAGGGGCAACGGUUACAUCACUGUCAAUCGCGUUAGUAAAGUGGUCUCACUCUUUCGCGAACCAGCAAGGCAACACUCUGAUAGAACUCAAAGAGUUGAAUGCAAAGGAUCAAACACUGAAAACAUCAAUGGCUCUGUUCCUCUGGUGGAAGCAGGAUCUUCUUCGAUGGAACGAGUCCGAUUUCGGGGGAGCAGACAAAAUAACACUUAAUUCUCGUCAGAGAGAUUUAUAG